AUGGCAGCUCGACAAACGGCUUUUAAGGCAAAGAAGCUGAGCGGCAUUCCGGACAGCCUUCAGGCGUCUCUUAGCAGGUCCCGCGCCGCCUAUCACCAAGUGGGCACCAGUGGACUGAGGAUCUCCAAUCCUGUCUUUGGGGGUGCGCAUAUUGGUAGCUCCAGGUGGUUCCCCUGGGUGAUGAAUGAAGAACAGGCCAUUCCCCUUCUGAAGGCGGCGUAUGAUCGAGGAAUAAAUACAUGGGAUACCGCCAAUAUCUAUUCAAAUGGCGAGUCCGAGCGCAUCAUGGGUCGCGCUCUUCGACACUACAAUAUACCGCGGCGGAAGGUGGUGUUGAUGACCAAGUGCUACCGGGUGGUUUGCGACGAAGAGAACUAUGACCCUGGCAGUGGGGUGAAUUUUCAUAACGAUUUGGGCAAUCAGAGCAAGGACUAUGUCAACUCUUGCGGAUUAUCCCGAUCCGCCAUCUUCAACGCCGUGGAGGCGUCCCUGGAGCGAUUGGGAUCAACAUACAUUGACGUUCUUCAAAUCCACCGGUUCGAUGAAGAAGUGUCCCCGGAAGAGACCAUGCAUGCCCUACACGAUCUAGUUCGAGUGGGCAAAGUGCGAUAUCUCGGCGCCAGUUCGAUGUGGGCCUAUCAACUCGCCAUCCUCCAGCACACAGCCGAAAAAUAUAACCUGACGAAGAUUAUCUCCAUGCAGCAUCACUACAACUUGCUAUACCGGGAGGAGGAGAGGGAGAUGAUUCCCUACUGUCGUCAAUCCGGCGUCGGCUCGCUAGCGUGGUCUCCCCUAGCAUCGGGUCAGCUUGCGCGAGCCCCCGAAAAAAACGGCACGACCCUUCGCUCUCAGGCUCACAAAACCGGAGCCUUCUAUCUCAAUGCAGAAGGGGAAAACUCAGACUUGAUCCUUUCGAGGGUGUGGGAGAUUUCCCAGGCUCGGGGAUGGCCCCCUAGCCAUGUGGCUCUGGCGUGGUUAGCUCGCCGCGGGUCGAUUCCCCUGAUUGGUUUCGGCUCCGUUGAACGGAUUGACGAAGCCUUGGAUGCACGGGAUAAGUGCCUUACGCUUGAGGAGGAGGCUUAUCUGGAAGAAGUCUACCGGCCACGGGCGAUUGAGGGACAUUGCUGA